ACGCCUCAAAACGUGUACGCCUAAUAUGAUUGGACGACGAGACAUGUUCUCAAAUAACAUGAGCGAAAAAGUUAACUCUCUCACAAGUUUGGCGAGAGUUGCAUUUUUAGUAAAUAACAAGAUUCACCAAAGGCGAUUAGCCAUUUUAUAGUAGAGUUUUUGUAUUAACCCGUGUUAUAGUAAAAUUGAAAAACAACAACCGCAAUGUCACUUUGCAAAGAGCGAUUAGUUCAUGAAGAAAAGCUAGAAGCAGUCUUUAGUAAAAGCAAUGGGGACACUAAGAAGUCCAAAGCGGUCUGUGGUGUUUGCAGUCGGAUGUAUCGAGACCCUAAAAUCCUGCCCUGCUUGCACACGUUCUGUGCGGACUGCAUUCGCCAGCGCGAGCCGUUCUCAGCGCGUCGCGUGAACGGGGAACGACGCUCGCCAGAGGAUGACACGCACCGGCGCGACUCUGGCUCAACAAUCCUGUGUCCUGAGUGCGAUUCAGAGGUGGAUCUGCCCCCAUCGGGUGUGGAUGGGCUGACCACUGACCAUCUGGCGCUGGACGAGGUUUUCGCGGAGACGCUGCUGGAGGACUGCAGGGUUUUGUGCGACUUGUGCAGCGACAGUGACGCGGGGAAGCGCUGCGAGGUGUGCGGCGUCAAUCUCUGCGACUUCUGCAGCCAGGCCCACAGGAGACAGAAGAGGACCUCCUCUCACUCUAUCCAAAGCCUACAGGAGCUGAAGUCUCAGGGUCGUCUCACUAGACCCGUCCUGUGCUCGCUGCAUCCUGGACAGGAGUUACGGCUCUUCUGUGAGCCGUGUGACCUCACCGUGUGCCUGGAGUGUGCGGCCACCUUUCAUCGCGACCACCACUGCAGCUCUGCCCAUGAAGUCAUCAGUCAUCAUGGCGAUCGCAUUAGAGAUCUGGUCGUCAGGAGCUUAAGGCCUCGUCUUGGCCGUAUGGAGGAGUCUCUGAGACACGUAGACACAUCCCAAGAGGCGCUGCAGGCUCGGGCUGACACAUUGGCGGAUGAGAUCCGGGCGUUUGCUCGGAGCUAUGCCAGCGCGGUGGAGGCUCAUUGCAGCUCACUGCUGCGGUCACUGGAGGACUUAAGGUCGCAGCGCAGGAACCAACUCCAUCUGCAGAAGGCUCAGCUGCAGCAGGCCUUGUCUGAUGUCCGCGGUGGGGUGAACUUCGCUGAACGCCUGCUCACGUGUGGUUCUGACACUGAAAUCCUCAGUGCCAAAGGAGUUACUAUGAGGAGACUGAUGAACCUUGUGGAGUCAGGAUUCGACCCACACCCAACGACGGUCGCCCCUGAUAAUGCCAGCAGCAUCUGUUUCCUUCCUCAGGAGAGUGCUGGAGAGGUGCAGGGAUUUCCUGUGGUGGGAGUCAUACAUGCCAAGACUGUGGAUCUCAGCAAGUGCACGAUCCAGGGAGAAGGUGGGGAACGAGGUCGUGAAGGCCAGAGGGGAGAGUUCACUCUGGUUUGCAGGGACUCCUCCGGAGAGCAGAUGGGCCGAGGUGGAGACCCUGUGCUAGUCAGCAUUGUGCACAAGGAGAAGAAGGCCUGCUCUGUGGAGGCGGCUGUGGUGGAUAAGGGUGAUGGUUCCUAUGUUGUGUCCUACACCCCAGCUGAAGCAGGUCUCUACUCUGUGUGGGUCUGUGUUAAAGCCCAGCACGUCCAGGGUUCGCCAUUUGUGCUAAAUGUGAAAAGGAAGUUCAGAUGUCACCUUGGCAUUUUCCAUUGUUGUUCCUUCUGCUCCAGUGGGGGCGUUAAAGAGGCACGCUGUGGCUGCACAGGAACGAUGCCAGGAGGGUUUCAGGGUUGUGGACAUGGUCAUAAAGGACACCCCGGUAAGCCCCACUGGUCAUGUUGUGGGAGUGUAGUGGAGGCCUCAGAGUGUGUUCUACAUAACCUGGGCAGCGUUUCUCCUCGUGGACACCUCAGGACUGUGGAGCUCUGAGACAGAGCAAAUAUACACUCUAUCUGAUCGAAAUAAGCAUAAACUCAUAAACAUACUUGAAUCUUCUCAAUCAGCCUACAUAUAAUUCACUAUAAAUAAAAAAAUCACAUUGUGUUUUUAUGUUGCCCUUAUUCACACAGUCUUUAAGCCUUAAUUUGUAUGAUAAUCUUUUUUGUUGUUUCAGCAGUGGUAAUGUUCAGAAUCAUGGCAGUCUGAUAAUCUGCAAUACACAAAGUAUAUUUAAAAAUGUGUUGUCUAUUGUACAAAGUGCCAACACUAAAUACCUCAGUACUGUCAGUAAAGAUUUAACUAUUGGUUUAUUUACACAUUUAAAACUAAUUAUUUUUAAUCACUGUAAAAUUUUGUCUGUAGCAUUAUAUUGUUCCAUAUUUUAUCAUAAUCAGCAAGAUUAAAGAAAUAUUGUAAUGUCUGAAUAUUUUGUUAAUGUGUGCAGUACUGUUUUAUCUUUUAUGAUAAUCAGCAUGUUUCCUUUGAUAUUACCCAGCUAUAUGAGCAAUGAGGUAUGCGUUAUUAUAAUGCUUUAUUUUUAGAUGUAUGCAUGACUCCAAAGACUGCCGUUGUUAUUGUAUGCAUCCAUUACAUUUCUCUUGUCUUUGUAUAUGCUGUAUUGGUUCCACAGAUUAAACAACAUUUACUUCUCCACUUGGGUGGUUAAUAAACUGCCACUUUUA